UUUCAGUUGCUGUUUGACUGCCGGACGAGUUUGUUGUGCAUUUUUUUUUGGUGCGCGGCGUGCCACGGAUUACAACCACAACCACAACUACAAAAACACACACUCAGCGGUCAAAUUCAGUUUUGUUUUUUUUCGUUACCCAACUCGCAAGUGCCGUGCAAUUAUUUGUUCUAAUUUUGUUAACCGUAAUUUAAAAGCGUCGACGCUUUUUGACAAACCACCAGACGCAACAACCAAAUCAGCGUUAAAAAGAAAAAGAAUCACAAACAACGAACCAGUGAGAAAGAGGGGAGAGGAGAAGAGAGCGGCAGAAGACACUGCGGAUGAAAUGUAGCAGAAUUCUUCUUCUUCUAAUGUUUUAUGUGCGGUGACGAAGUGACGCCAAAAGAAAUCGAGAGAAGAGAGUAGAGAAGACGGAGAAUAAGGAGAAAGACGGCAGAAGAAAGAGCUCAAAAAACAUAAAACACAAACUCACACGCUGGCAGAACGGUUCACUGUUCACUGAAACGCAAGGCAACAACAAAGCAACAAUGAAUCAACCGGUUUAAAGACCACAUCCACUUCCAACAGCCCGCCAAAUCCGAGAUCCAGAGAUCGUCAUCACAAUAGCGGAACCCAAGGCGAAGGAGAUCGGAAACGUAUAGUUCCACACCCUUUAGACCUGACCCGACCUGACCGGAGGAUAGUGAUCCGAGAGCCGCGAAAACAAACACAUCGGAGCCAUGGACUGGGCCGAAGGGGAUCUGGUCUGGUUCGACCCAGGCAUGGGACAUCCCAUUCCCGGGGAGAUCCAGGAGGUGCACCGCGCUGCUCAGGUGAUCGUCGUCCAGGCGCUCAUCAAAGGAAAGAUGCGCAUCGUUCGGUUCCACCUGGAGCCGUGGCAGCGGGGCGGCGGGGGAUCGGUGACGCCCAGUCCCGCCCAGUCGCCCUCGCUGGCGCUCCUCUCGCCGCACGUCCUGCGCCGUCAGCGUCCCGCCAGUCUCGAGGAUCUGGAGGAUCUGCCGCAUCUCUCGGCCAAACAUCCGGCCUUGCCCUCCAGUCGCCUGCGACGCCUCAAGUGCCGAUAUCCGCAGGUGGUCAAGCGACUGUCCACCCUCUGCAGCGAUACGAUAGCGCGCCAUCCACAGACGUUCGCCCUGCAACCGGGUGAGGGCAGCCUCCGGGCUCGCCAGGAUCUGGGUAGCAGCGGUGUGGAGGACAUGACCCUACUGGACGACCUGCACGAGGCGUCGUUGCUGUGGAAUCUGCGCCUGCGCUACGACAAGGGUCUGAUCUACACGUUCGCCGGCAGCAUCCUGAUCGCGGUGAAUCCCUACAAGAUGUUCCCAGACGCCUACGGUCUGGAGGUGGCCAAGCAGUAUGCCGGCCGCCCACUGGGCUCCCUGCCGCCCCACCUGUUUGCCAUUGGAGCUGCGGCGCAUGCGGCCCUGCCCUCGCCCCAAGUGGUGGUCAUAUCCGGGGAGAGUGGCUCAGGGAAGACGGAGUCCACCAAGCUGGUGAUGCAGUACCUGGCAGCCGUGGUGCCCGGCGGAGGAUCCGCCUCGGCGGUCAUAACCGAGCAGAUACUGGAGGCGGCACCGCUGCUGGAGGCCUUUGGCAAUGCGCGCACCGCCCGGAACGACAAUAGCUCCCGGUUCGGCAAGUAUCUGGAGGUGUACUUCAAGAGUGGCGCCAUCGUGGGCGCCAAGAUCACGCAGUACCUGCUGGAGAAGUCGCGCAUCGUGACGCAGGCGCCUGGGGAGAGGAACUACCACGUGUUCUACGAGCUGCUGGGCGGACUGUCCGAAGCGGAGCGAUCCAAGUACGGACUGCUGGAGGCGGACAAGUACUUCUACCUGAACCAGGGCGCCACGGACUGUGCCAGCGGUCGCGUGGACUGGGCGUCGCUGCAGGGCGCCAUGCAGGUCCUCGGAGUCUCCGAGGGCGAGCGAGAGGGCAUCGUGCGUGUCCUGGCUGCAGUGCUGCACCUGGGCAACGUCUACUUCCACCGCAGGCAGCUGCGACAUGGCCAGGAGGGCGUGGAGGUGGGCUCCGAUGCGGAGAUCAAGUGGGCCGCCCACCUGCUGCACAUCAGCGCCGAGGGACUGCACCGGGCACUGACCAGUCGCACCACGGAAGCACGAGCGGAGCGGCUGCACACUCCGCUCGGCAUCGACCAGGCCCUGGAUGCCCGAGAUGCCUUCGCCAAGGCUCUGUACGCCGGCCUCUUCAAUUGGCUCGUCUCGCGGAUCAACUCCAUUGUGCAGAAGGGCGGCACCCACGAUGCCCACCGCAUCAGCAUCCUGGACAUCUUCGGGUUCGAGGACCUGGCCGAGAACAGCUUCGAGCAGCUGUGCAUCAACUAUGCGAACGAGAACCUGCAGUUGUACUUCAACAAGCACGUCUUCAAGCUGGAGCAAGCGGAGUACGCCCGCGAGCGCCUGGAGUGGACUCCCCUGGCCUGGGACGACAACCUGCCGGUGAUCCAUCUGCUGGCCAAGAAGCCGGUGGGCAUAUGCCAUCUCCUGGACGACGAGUCCAAUUUCCCGCGUGCCACCGAUCUGAGUUUCCUGGAGAAGUGCCACUACAAUCAUGCGCUGAGCGAGCUAUAUGCUCGUCCGCGGAUCGGUGCCCAGGAGUUCGGGGUAACGCACUAUGCGGGUCAGGUGUGGUACUGUGUGGAUGGCUUCCUGGACAAGAAUCGGGAUGCGCUGCGAGGCGAUGUCCUGGAGUUAUUGGCCUCCAGUCGGCUACCCUUGGUAGGCGAAUUGACCAAGCAGCUUCGUGCCCAGAGAGACGCCGGCAAGACCCUGCCGAAGGGCAGCAACGGGCGAUUCGUCACAAUGAAGCCACGCACACCCACGGUGGCGGCCAGAUUCGCCGACUCACUGCAGCAGUUGCUCCAGUCGAUGGGCAGGUGUCAUCCGUGGUUCGUGCGCUGCAUCAAACCGAACCAGGAGAAGCACGCCCUGCGGAUGGACAUGCCGUGUGUGCUGCAACAGCUGCGCUACCUGGGCAUGCUGGACACCAUUCAGAUCCGGCAGCGUGGCUAUCCGGUGCGCCUGCGCUUCCAGCACUUCGUGGAACGGUACAGGCAUCUGCUGGCCUCGCCCCUGGCCAGGGGCACACCCUAUCGGGAACUCUGUCGAGCCCUCUUGGAGGCCAUGCCGCGGACCGGAGUGGAGGGCCCGGACUACCAGCUGGGGGCCACGCGUGUCUUCCUGCGCGAGGCUCUGCAUCGGGCGCUGGAGAGCGGACGGACAGAGCGACUGCGUCGGGCGGCGGUCAGUGUGCAGCGGCAUGUGCGGGGAAUGCUGGUCCGCCGCCAGUUGGCUCGUCGCCAGGCGGCCGCCACCCGACUCCAGGCCCGUUGGCGGGGUCAAAGGGCACAGCAACGCUUCGAUCGCCUCCGCAAGGGAGCCCUUACCGCGCAGAGACUCUGGCGGGGACGCCAGGCCAGGAGGAGGGUGCACCAACUGCGCUCGGACCACCGACGAAGACAAGAGGCGAGGGAGGCCGCUCAGCGAGCUCGCGAGGCCCGGGAGGCCAAGCAGGCUGUCCUAGAGAGAAGCCAACUGAGCUACCUGGACAUACCCGCCGAACUGGCCUUCAUCUACUCCAAGCUGCAGGGCUGGUCCCCUCCGCACGGGGACCGCCACCUGGUGAAGGUGCUCGGCACGGUUCCUGGUCCCCCGUCCUCGGCCGUCCAGCUACCCGAGGAUCUGGGUCAGUUCUCCUUCGGUAAGUUCAGCAGUGUCUACUGCAAUGGCCUGAGACUGCAGCCGAGGCGGGAACCCAUCACAGCUCCCCUGCUCACCAGAGCUGCCUCCAGGGAUCAGGACUUCCAGGACGCCCUGGCCGUGUUUAAGUUGAUCCUCCGCUGGAGCAACGACAAGGCUCUGGAGGGCGCCAAGGAGAAGCUGUUGGCCGACUACAUUGUGCACAAGGCACUCAGCUCCAGGGGCUUGAGGGAUGAGAUCCUGGUGCAGCUGUGCAACCAGGUGCACGGCCUACCGCCCACUUCCGUGGAGGCCACGCGACUGUGGCAGCUUCUGGGCCAGUGCCUCUGUUGCUUCCAGCCCAGCGCCGCCUUCAGCAAGUAUCUGAUGCGAUUCGUGGACGACGAGGCUCCGGCAUCCCUGCGACCCCUCCUCCUGAGGCAGUUGCUCCGCCAGCAGGGCGGUGGCUCGUCGGGUGCCGCAGUGGGUGGCGGCGGUGCCAGCCGCAGCUUCGUGCCCGCUUGGCUGGAGUGGCGUGCCUGGACCAGGGGCUGCGACAUGGCCCUGCCCUUGACCCUUCCGGACGAGGCCAGCCAGACGGUGGCCGUGGAUUCGUGGACCAGUUGCGAGGAGGCCGCUGCCCUGGCCGUCUCUUCGCUGGGCGUGGCCAGUCGGGGAUGGACCUUGGUGCUGGACGAUGGCCAGCAGCUCACAGACAGCUGCGGCUUGGACUACGUGAUGGAUUUGAUUGCGGAGAAGGAACUGUGUCCCGCUUUUCCCGCUCCCCGGAGCGAUCUGUUGCGUUCGGGCGCCAAGUUUGCUAGGACCACUCUGCCGGAAGCAGUCAAACGUCCGGCAGUUCCGCCGCCCGCUCCGCCCACAUCGAGUGCCAAGGAGGAGGUGCCGCGGGAGCGGAGGAGCAGCCGGGAGCUGCUCUCCCGGAGCUCGGCGCUCAACGAGCGCUACUUCGAACGUGAGCCAAGUCCGGGACCCGGCCAGGGAUCGAGUCCGAGCCAGGCCAAGUCGCGCUCCAAGUCACUGGACGAUCUGCUGGCCGGUGAUAUUGUUCCCGUGCCCCCGGACUGCGAUUCCCAGGAGCCCCUGCACACACUGGGACUCUCGGAGAGUCGCCUGAACGACCGCUACCACUCGGCGGAGCGUCUUGCUCCCAUGGGCAAGGAGACCGCUCCGCGUUACCAGAAGUCCCAGCACGCUGGUCGCCGAUCGCACGCCGCUUCCCAUGGCUCACACUCGAGCAAGUAUGCGGAUAAGGCGGAGUACGCCACCAGAUCAUCGGCCAUGUCGGACACGAGUGAGGCUCCGUCUCUGGCCUCCCAUGUGCGGCGUGUGAGGGUUCCCUCGCAGGCCUCGGACGUGGACCAGUUCCUGGACGAUCUGUUUAGUCCAGUGCUAGACGGCUCCCUGGACGAGCUGUCCGAUGCCAGAUCCUUGGCUGCCAGCAUCCGAGGUGGCUGCUAUCAACUGGAGAAUGAGAACGAAAUGGAAUCUGAGAUCGACGACUUGGAUGACUAUAUCAAUGAUAUAUUCCAGCCAAUACCCUUAGUCGAGGACCUGGAUAGGCUGGCCAGCAAGGAUCAGUUGGCGGCCAUCAUCAAGGGAGGCGGGAAACCAAGUACCCACGAGGAGAGGGAGGAGGAAUCGGAAAUCGAGGACCUAGAUGAUUUUAUCAACGAGCUCUUCCAGCCCAUACCAGUGCCCGAAAGCCUGGACAAACUGACCAGCAAGGAUCAGCUAGCCGCAAGCAUUCGCGGAGGCGGCAGCACGGACAGCAACGGAGCCGACCCGCUGCUCCAUCAGCUGAUGCAGCUGCCGGGGGAGCCGGAGUCCGGUCCCGCUCUGUAUCAGCAGCAGGUGCAGCGCGCCUUCCUGCAAUCCGCAAUGGCCCAGAACCUGCAGAUCCAGCAGCAACUGCUGGCCCAAAACCAGGCCCUCCAGACCCUUCUCAGCCAGCAGGCGGCGGCGGCCAACAGCUCCGCCUCACCGCCACCGGCUCCUCCCGUUUUGGGCAGCCUGUCCAUCUCGCCACCGCCACCACAAUCCCCACUGCGGAUGAAGACCACGCGUAGCAGCCUGGUGGUGAUGGAGGCGCUGCAGCCACCGCCACCACCUCCACCGCCGCCCAUGCCGCCGCCGCUGGAGUGCAAGGAUCCCUCGGAGACGCGCCACUUCCUGGAUCCCUACGGCAGGGCCAAGACCGUGCGGAUUGGCAAGUGGCGCUGGCCACCGCCGCAGGACGAGCCCCAGUUCCAGAGCGAGGAGGACUUCUUCGCCUUCAAGAUGCGCCAGCACCAGCGCAAGACCACGCCGCAGGCCCAGCACCACCAGCUGGCCAGCAAUGGCCUGGAGCCGGGCCCAUUGGCACGCGGCUCCUCGGCCACGGCCAUCGAGUGGGAGGAGUUCGAGAUCGACAGUCCCACACCGCCGCCCAUGAGCGGCCAGAUGAUGCGGAGCAGCAUCCGGCUGGAGACCACCACCACGACAACCACGUCGGCGGUCAGGGAGAGCAGGGACAGCAGGGAUGCCCAGGAGGCGGGACAGCCGAUGCAGAGUGUGGUCACCACCAAGCUGGCCAAGAAGAGCUUCGAGAUCGGAGCAGAUCGUCCGCCGCCAGGAAGUGUGGGCAAGCUCAAGCUCAGCUCCGAGAUGCGCCAGCGCCUGGAACAGGUCACUGCUGGCCAUUCGGUGAGGUCCACCGUUUCCACCAAGUCGGAGCAGCGAGCUCCGGCCAAGCUGGAGGACACGCGCAAGCUUAUGCUGCAGCAGCAGCUGGGCGGACUCUUCGCCAGCGUGACUGGUGGUAAUGCUGGCCCAGGCGGCGGUGGUGGAACCGAUUCCCAUGCCACCGUGCGCACACAGAUUGAGCGGAUGGAGGGCAAGCUGUCGCCACCGCCGGCUCCUCCCUCGGGCGGCUGGCCGGGAGUGCUCCUGCCCCCGGCGCCCAGUGUUCCGGCACCGCCACCGCCCAUCCGACCACCCAGCAUGGCGCCACCCGCGCCGCCCCCGGCUCCCCAGAGCCCGCCCACGCCCAGGAGCCCCGAACCGGAGCCGGACUACCGCACCUCGAGCAGCCAGGUGGUCAAGGAGCAUGUGCCCGCCUUCAUUCAGCGCCAGGAGCGCGACACCUUCGGUGCAGUGCGUCAGCAGCAGAUGAUCAGCAGCCACCACCUGCACCUGGAGGACCACUCGGCCUCCUCCUCCCCGGCGGCCGCUGCCUGGGACCAGGCGGAGCGCGAGCGGUCCCGCAGCCGGAGCAGGAGCCGCGACCGCGAGGACUACUCCGAGUCGGUGUGGGAUCGGGCGGAAGUGGAGGGACCCGCCUCCGGCAGCGGCAGCGAGAAGGAGCGCGAGAAGCGGGAGCGUGAACGCGAGCGUCUCUACGAGAUCCGCCAGGUGGAGCGGGAGCGGGAGAGCCACAAGGUGUACCAGCCGGCACCGCCGCGCGUGAUCCAGGCCAGCCUGGACACCACCGGCGGCCACCGCCGGGAGGACCGCAGCGGCGGCCUGGCCACCUUCCGCACCCACAUGGCCCAGAAGUACGAGCACGAGCGCAAGCGCAAGAGCUCGGCCAGCUCCGGGAUGCGCGAGGAGCUGGACUCGAUGCACAUGACCACGCCGCCGCCCGUUAUUGUUCCGGCUCCGGUGCCGCCGCCCUCGUCCCAGUCCAGUCCCGGACUGGGUGUGGUCUCCUCCGGGGUGCUGAUGGGAUCGGGAGCGGGUGCCAGUGCCAGUGCCAGCAGUGCCUGCUUGACCUACAACCGGGUGCCGUGGAAGCUGCGCGUGCGCAAGGAGGUCUUCCAGCCGCACGAGCCCAUUGGCCCGCCGGUGGCCCUGGACCUGCUCUUCGCCCAGGUGCUGGGCGACGUCUUCGGGGUGACUCCCUGCCUGCGGAUCACGCCGCAGGAGAAGAGCUCGGCCCUGAACAUGCUGCACGGCCAUGGCGUGAGCGUGGACACGCUCUCCAAUCGCAAUGGAUCCGGCACCGGGGGAGGUGGAACUGGGGGGCAGGUCCGGGCACUGGUCAAGCGACACCUGGUGGACAUGGCUCGCGACUGGCCGCUGUACUUCGCCCGACUCUUCGCCGUCCAGGGAGCACCGCUCUAUCCCGACGUCAGCAUCAUGGGCGUCUCCCACAAUGGGCUGUACCUGGCCCGCCGCGACGCCGACUACCUGAUCGUGGUGCAGGCCAUCUCCUUCGGCGAGAUCCAGAGCGCCGUCACCCUGCCGCGUCCGGCGGCCCUGCAGCUCAAUCUCCGGAACGGGAAGCACCUGGCUCUCCAUGCCGCCCGCGCCGCCGCCAUCCAGUCGAUGGUCACCAGCUUUGUCCUGGAGUUCCGCAAGUCACAAUCGAAGGGCUCCACGCUGUCGUCGGGCGCCCGAGCCGCCGCCCAGACCCUGAAUGUGCCGCUGGAGCGCCUGGAGUCCCGCCAGGCGCACGCCCAGCGCAACGAGCACGGCGUGGAGGGCGGAUCGCGCCAGAUCGAGUCACUGCAGCAGCAGGUGCAGCAGGCCGAUCUGCACCACCACCUGCAGCUCCACCAGCAGCAGCAGCAGCUGGAGGAUGCACUGGAGGAGCAGCAGAUGGCCGUUGAUCACCAGCAGCAGCAGCAGCAGCAGCAGGGUCAGCAGCAGCGCUUCCUCAAGCAGCAGAGCUACCUGCACUCCGCCCGCAAGUCGAACGCUGGCCAGCAGCCCUCCUCCCUGACCAACGGACAGGUGCACCAGCAGGAGCAGCUCCUCCAGCAGCAGCAGCAGCAGUCGCAGUCCCUGCCGCACCACGACCUGGACGCCAACUAUCUGCAGGAGGAGGCCAACGGCGGCACUCCGCCCUCGGUCACCAAGUACUCGCUGCUCCAGUUCGCCAUGCAGCACUUCCGCAACGACCAACUAAGGGACGCUGACCGGCACCAUGAGCGGCACCAGUCCGCCGCGAACCGUUCUUACGCGGAGCUGGUCAAGUGGCAGGGCCACGCCAUACGCCUGCCGCUCCUCCGACUCCCAAAUGACCUGGCGCCACUGGCGCUCGAGUGCUUCGACUGCAUCCUGCGCUACUGCGGCGACAUCCCGCUGGAUCCCGACCUCACCGAGGUCAAGUGCGUCUACACCGUACUCAUGCAUUGUCACAAAUACUUGGCGCUGCGCGACGAGGUCUACUGCCAGCUGAUGAAGCAGACAACGGCCAACCGGUCACCGUGUCCGGAUAGCUCACAACGCGCCUGGCGCCUCCUCAGCAUUCUGGCGGCGUACUUCGGCUGCUCGGACGCACUGCGUCCCUACCUGAUGGAGCACCUGACCUCGGCGGCCUCCGAUCGGCGGCGGUCCUGUCACGGCACGGCGGCCGUUUGCCUCACCAAUCUCCGCAAGACGGCCCGCUGCGGUGGCCGAAAGAAUGUGCCGAGUGUGGAGGAGGUGACCGCCGUGUCCGCCGGCCGUUCGGCCCGCCGGCAGAUCUACCGCCUGCCCGGAGGAGCGGAGCGAGUGGUCAACACCCGCUGCUCCACCGUGGUGGCCGACGUCAUCGCCGAGCUGUGCGCCCUGCUGGGCGUGGAAUCGGAGGCCGAGCAGCAGGAGUUCUCCCUGUACUGCAUCGUCCAAGGCGACGCCUUCACCAUGCCGCUGGCCGCCGACGAGUACAUCCUGGACGUGACCACGGAGCUGCUCAAGUCCGGGCAGCCCUUCUACCUGAUCUUCUGCCGCUCCGUGUGGCACUUCGCCUUGAAGCGGGAACCAGCUCCGAUGCCCCUGUACGUGGAGGUGCUCUUCAACCAGGUGGCUCCGGACUAUCUGGAGGGUCUGCUGCUGGAACUGCCCGGCAACGGGGUGCCCGUGCCGGAGAUGGUCAGGGAUAUGGCACGGAUCGCCGCCCUGCUGCACCGUGCCGCCGAUCUGAGUCACGUGCCCGCGAUGAAGGAGAUCAAGUUUCUGCUGCCCAAGCCGGCGCUGGGAAUCCGUGAGAUCCGACCCGCCCAGUGGGUGGGCCUCGUCCAGUCGGCGUGGCCACAGGUGGCCAACUUGAGUCCCGGCCAGGUGAAGGCGCAGUUCCUCAACGUGCUGGCCACCUGGCCGCUCUUCGGGAGCAGCUUCUUCGCCGUGAAGCGCAUCUGGGCGGAGGAAGGGCCGCAUGUGGAGGACAACCACAGUCCCAUGUGGCGCGACCUCAUCCUGGCGCUCAACCGACGCGGCGUCCUCUUCCUGGAUCCCAACACCCACGAGACCCUGCAGCACUGGAGCUUCAUGGAGGUGAUCUCCACGCGCAAGGUUCGCUCGGAGGACGGCGCCCUCUUCCUGGACAUGAAGGUGGGCAACCUGAUGCAGCAGCGCGUGAUCCGCGUCCAGACGGAGCAGGCUCACGAGAUCUCGCGCCUGGUGCGCCAGUACAUCACCAUGGCCCAGAUCAGUCAGCGCGACAAGCGGGAGCUCAACUAGGGCCCGAAAGGUGGCUCUUUGCUGCCCAUACCCAUAAUUAUUAUUAUUCGUAUCGAUAUUGUAUUGAGUUAUUCUACCAAUAAUUUCACAAACAUUUUUUUGUCGUUUCGUAAGUCCCUUACCAGAUACAUAUAUUUAUUAACGCCCAUAUGCAAGAUACAUAUGUAUGUUUAGAUGUUUAUGUUGUGCUGGUUUCUGUGCCCCAAACCCCGAACCACUCCCCCAACUCGGUGGCGCUACGAUGGCCAUAUAGAUCCCUCUUCAACCCGCUCGAAAUCCCUCUUGUCCUAAGUUUAAGCGAACCAAGUGCAAUCCGAGUGCUGGAAUUGAACUCCCCCGGCUCUGAGUCCAACCUAUUGGUCCCCUCCUCAUUUCGUUUCAACGAUUUCGUGUAGCACUUAAGAUUAGCAAACUUUAUUAUUAUCAUUUUUUUUUGACAUUUGUUAAAUCGAAAAUUGCUUAGUUUAAUCCCUAAAAUUAUCAUAAAUAAAUACAAUUUAUAUAUGUAUAUCUAUCGCAAAA